AUGUCAUUUAACAUAGAGCCUCGGAUGCUGUCACGCAGUCCGGGUGACGACCGGCGCUUCUGCGAUUCCGGGUCGCAAAGUGAAAAGUCAGCUACCGGCCACACGAUUGUGAAUGAUCAGGCAUGGUGUGGAAAAUUAGCUACUGGUCAUCAGAAACUCCAGAUGAGAAACACCGUAAACAUUGGUACGUGGAAUGUGCAGGGCUUGAAGACAAUAACGGGUAAACUAGCAAUCAUCGAAAGCGAGUUGUCAAGGUACAGAAUCGAAAUUGCGGGACUGGCGGAAACAUACUGGCUAGGGGAGGGCUACUUCAAAACCUCUAAUGGAAAUUAUGUCUAUUUCUCUGGCAAUGACAAACAAACGUUCACAGGCGUAGCCAUUUUGAUAUCAGCCAGAAUUCAUAAAUCCGUCAUAGAAUUUAGAGCUGUAAACGACAGAAUAGUUCUCCUUAGACUAGACGGCAAACCUCAUAAAUUCAACAUCAUUCAAAUAUAUGCACCGACAGCAACGGCAGAGGACAAUGAAAUCAAAGAAUUCUACAAUAAAUUAGAACUUACCAUCAGGAAUAUACCAAACAAAGAACUGACAUUAAUUUGCGGCGACUUUAACGCAAAAGUUGGGAACAACAAAAUGAAUGAUGAUCUAAAAAAUAUCCUUGGAAAAUACAGCUUGGGAGAGAGGAAUGAAAGAGGAGACCGGGCAAUAUGUGGAUCAGACCAUCAGCUCCUAUUUGCCAAAAUAAAACUCAAACUCAAAACACCCUUCAACCACAUAACACCAACAAAAUUAAUAAAAAGAAACAGCGAAGAAAUUCUCCAAGGAACCCAGGCUUUCCUGACUACCUCAACAGAAAAUACAGCAGCCCAAGAAAUAUGGGAAGCUUUCAAAAAAUGCACAAUAACUGCAACAGAGUCAGAAAAAGAAGAUCAACCGAUAAAACGAAAACACUGGUUAUCGAACGAGACAUUCCAGAUCAUCGAAGACAGAAGACUUCUCCACCGGAAAAGCAUACAUACAGAAGAAGAGAAAGAAGAACUAAAAUACCUGAAUAAGGCAAUAAAGCAAGGAGCAAGAAGAGACAAACAACAAUUUUACUCUGAUAUAUGCAAAGAAAUCGAGGGACACAGUCUAAAUAACCAACCAAGAGACCUCUUCAAAAAAAUAAAAUAUAUUAUCAGGGACUUUAAAGCCAGAAAUUGGGCAAUCGAAGAUCAAAAUGGAACUUUAAGAACCAAAAAAGAAGACAUUAUUGAGGUGUGGAGAUCAUAUUGCGAAGAUUUAUACAAAGCCAGUGAACAAUAUAACUAUGUCGACCACCACGAAAAUUCAGAGAAAGAACCGGACAUUCUUAAAAGUGAAGUUGAAUUGGCCAUAAACAAAUUAAAAUACCAUAAAGCACCUGGUUCAGACCUAAUGACAGCAGAAAUAAUAAAAGCCUUUUCUAGAAAGAGAAAUUCCAGCAGAACAAGCAGGUUUCACCAAGGGCAGAGGCACUCGGGAACAUCUUCUGAAUAUGCGCCAAAUCAUAGAGAAAGCAAGGGAAUUCAACAUCCCUCUUUAUAUUUGUUUCGUAGACUAUACAAAAGCUUUCGAUAA